ACCGAAAGUAGCUAAGCCGAGGUGCCGCCAGAACUUGACUUCGAAAUAGUAAAAAAUGACUGAUUUUAUCGUAAAAUUUGUUUCCAAGAAAAUUAGUAAAAUCAGAUGGCGGCCUAAAGCAGAUGUAAAAUCAUCUCCAUCUACUACAUUUACAACUGGGAGUUGGGAUGACGAGCAAAAUACAGUCUGUGUAUGGCAAAUACGUGACAAAAUAGCAUCAGAGGAGAUGGAGGAGGACGCCAUAGCCUUAGAACAUGAGCCUCAGAAAGUCUUUGAGAUGGCUCACUCUGGUGAUGUGCUAGACUUACAGUACGUAUCGAGUGAUAUAUUCGCUGUGGCAUCAUCUUUAGGGAAUGUUGCUCUAAUGAAACAUAGACCUAAUUCAGAAACACUGACCAACGUUUACUCCUGGGACAAACAGCACCACUUUAGAACCAGUGACAACUGUCCGUGUACGUGUCUGGCUACCAGAGGGGACGACUGGAUCGCCAGUGGGGGAGAAGACGGGCGUGUUGUUAUUUCAGCCGUUGGUCAGCGCCAGCCAAUUCAGACCAUAGAAAAGGCAGAUAGUUGUACAAUAAAUGCCCUGACAUUCCUGAAACAAACUGAAAUACUUACUGUCAAUUCCUUCGGACAACUGAAAACCUUUGAUCUCAGGCAGGAUUUAGACAAACAGUCGCAAAUAUUCUCUGUCACUGAGAACCACACCCCCCUCCUGUGUUUGGACAAACACCCUGGUCAGGCUCACAUUGUGGCCACUGGUGGGGAGGAUGGGAUGUUGACCAUCUGGGACCUGCGGCAAGAAAAGUUUCCCAUGACAUUACUAGAGGCUCACACUGGGGCUAUGUGGGAGGUCAAGUUCCACCCAAACAACCCCAACCACCUUUUCACCUGUUCAAAUGACGGCUCACUGUGGCACUGGGAUGGCUCAUCUUUCUCAGCUGAUUCAAUUCCCAGCUACUUACCUGGCAAAGGUAAAGACAUAUCCAAAAUGGCCGGAGUUAUCAGCCCUUGGCUAAGUCUUGAAACCUCUAGACACAAGCUGGACAUUGCAUCUCUGCUGCCUAACAAAUCUUUACCUGUGAAUUCAAUGGACAUUGAGUCUAGCACACUGCUGUGUGGUACAGACAGUGAGACAGUUUACUCUAUCAACCUGCCCAUGUUGAUGUAGUCUACACACUGGUUUAUCCUGGUUCUCAUUUUUUUUAAAGUCUUGUACAAAAUGUUCAUGUCUUUGUUGUUGUCAAAUGCUGCUA